AUUCAGUUAGAUUUGUUCGAACUGCUUUCUCACUGAAUCACUUACUUUCUCAGACAGUAAAACAAUAUAGGGAUAUUUAACAACACUGAAGAUAAAGAGGAUAUUUACCUACCAUCAGCUGAAAUAAAAAGGUGUGCUGUUGUUUGAUGCGCUGGCAUGGGAAGUGAGAAUGCCAAAAGACAUUCACGGCUUCAAAGGUUCCUGCUUAGUUAUACCAUGCUCUUACUACUACAGCUCAAACCCACCCCAAAACCCACGUAGAGUUGUGUGGUAUCAGUGGGUUUCUUGGGGCUAUCCUUUAGUUUACGAUCCAUUGUAUCCAAAAUAUGUCAUUAAGAAGUUCAAAGGAAAAACUGAUUUAUUUGGAAACUCAAGUUGGGAUUGCAGUCUGCUGAUCAAAAAUCUGGAUCAGGUCCAUCAUGGAGAGGCAUUAUACGCAUGGAUUGACCCUGAAAACGUUAGCUGGCGCACCUACAAGUUUUAUGACGUCACCUCCACAAUUCUUGUUGACGCAAGUCCACCGCAGCCCAGCAUCAAGAUCUAUGGAGGUGUUCAGAUGGGGGACACCAUCACUGUAGUGUGUUCGACUUUACACAAGUGUCCAUACAGCAAACCGAACAUCACUCUCAACAAUAUUGAAGGAUCUGAUGAAACAGACAGUGAGCAUAUUGAAGACGGCCUGUGGAAAUUCAGUCUGACACGCACAUCUGUCACAAAUGCAGAAAACCUGACUAUUGAGUGUACUGUAACAUAUUAUGGCGGCAUAACAGUUACAGCUAUGAAGAGCAAAAAUGCACAAUCCCCUGGCGAUGAAGAAACAGACGUACCCGUUCCACUUAAGCCUGAUUGGCUUUACAUCCUAGUGCCCUCGCUUGUGUGCAUCCUUGCUUGCAUACUUGCUGGUGUCAUCAUAUACAAGAGUCGACACCGUUCCUCACAUUGUCAUUAUUGAUUUUAGACAGACCCCUGGUGAUGUGCAAGGAUCUGAACAGAGGGUAUGUAUGACAUGUUCACUUCUUUUCAUUAAGUUGACAAUACUGUGUUUUGUUAAUUCAACACUUGCAAUAAUAGUUUUCUUAAUAGUUAUCUCCUCCAUAUUUACAGUUUAUGGCAUGUCCAACACGGAAACUCGGCCCUCCAAAUUAAGUUUCCCAAUUGUAAAUAUGACUUGAGAGGUUGUUCUGGUCCAAUUUCUGACUAAGAAACUCAUGUCAAGUCACUUCACCUUUAUUUCUAUAGCGCUUUAUAUAAUACAGAUCAUUUCAAAGCAGCUCUACAGUGACAGACAAGAAAAUAGUGAUUCAAUGAUGCAAACAAUAUUCAAUUCUGCUGUAAAGCAGCACUAAAAAGACAAUAGUAAACAGUCAUUAUUCACUUGAAAUCAGUUCAUUGUUUAAACUCCAUUCUGGUAGCACAUAAAGCAGCAUUAACUUUAUAAGUAGAGUGUCAAAAUAAAAGUCCCAAUGCUGCUUGAAGACCUUUAGCUAACUGUUGCCGUAUUUGUUUUAUUUUUUUUUUUUUUUUACCAUGCACCUCGGUGAGCCAAAAUCCCACUCACAGGGUUCCCACGGGUCCUUGAAAUCCUUGAAAAUUUGUGAAUCUGAUUAAAAAUUUUCAAGGCCCUGGAAAGUUUUUGAAAAUAAACAAACAUAGAUACAGGUCCUUGAAAAUUCCAUAUUAUUCCCUCCGGUCCGCUAAUUUCGCCAACACUUUGUGGCAUAUGCAUACUAGCUUGCUUGAUUUACGUUAGUUAUGCACAUUUAUGCGUUACGUUAAGUGUUUCCUAUGUGAGGUACUUUGUGUUGUUCGUUGCCAUGACGUUCACACGCACACGAAACUACUAAGAUGGUACCUCAGCGUUUCACAGAGACACCGUGAAACAUUGCAAAAAUAGGCUGAAACCACUGAAACGUGAUGCCUGGAAAAUGCAAGUUUCAAGAUAUUUGGCUCACCAAAGAAGAUUACAAAGAAUGGCUUGCCAGAGAUCCAAAGGAUGUAAUGUUGUAUUGCUUUGCUUGUUAAAAUAAUGAAAAGCCAUGAGGCAAGAAAAACUUAAGAAUAUUCAUAUAUCUUAAAACUUCUGGUUACAUGAGCCUAAGCUCUUUUCAAUAAAAUCCAUGCAAAAGUUAAUAUCAGAUCAUUUUAGAAUACAGUAUAGUAUGUACAAAGUAUUAUUCAGUUUUAUGCAAAACAGAAAUACGACAAAUAGAAUAUCAGAUUUCUGUCAUAUGGACAAAAAAAAAAAAAAGCUUUUUUGCAUAGUUGUGUUUGAGACAUGAAAACUGUAACAAUGUAUCUUACAAGGUGACAUGAUGUAACCUUGCUCUCACUUGAACUGUGUCCCCACAUUAAGUCCUUGAAUUUGAGGGUAUUGGACCUGGAAAGUCCUUGAAUUUGAAGUUAACCAAGGUGUGGGAACCCUGCACUCAGUGCGUUUAUUAUUUAUCUCUAAUAUUACAUUAAACAUUGGAAAACACACUCAGAUUCAAUAAUAAAUAUUCAUACUUUAUUAAUUAAUUAAUAUUUUAUUAAUUCAUUAAUUAAAUUAAUAUUUUAUUGACUGACCUCUGGCUCUCAGUUUAAUCUCAAAAUAUUCCAUUACAGGUUACGAUUAUGAAUCUUACCAAUAUGGAUUAAGUCACUCUAAUCGUAAUGAACAAAACAAGGUUCAACACAGUUUUUAUCUUUUUGAUUAUGCAGAACUGAAAUAAAAAUUAAGCAAUGCUCAAAAUAAGAUGUAUAGCAUAUACUUUCAUAAAUCUAUUGUGACGUCAGUAGAUUGAAAUGACUUAAAAUGAUUUUGUAUAACCAUAAAGGAAUGUGCAUUAUUUGCAGGUUGAGGCGUCGCUAGUGAGGGGAAAAGUGACAUUGAGUCCCGGGGGGGGGGUCCACAACUAUCCCUCAAGAGUGCUUUAGCGGCUUUAGACCCACUGUAUGUCAUAUGUCUUUGAAUAUCAGUUGUAACACAGUCACGUUUUCCAACAGAUCUUAAAAAAUACUUUUUUCACAAACAUUCAGACAUAUUUCUCGCAUAUUUUAUUGACAAAAUUGUAAAAAUGUAAUGUACGUUAAACGUCUGUUCUUUUUUUAUUAUAUUUGCUUGUGAUUUAAUCCAAUUACUUUUACUAAGUAAUGUAAAUAUCGCCAUCUUACUAUGUAAGUAUCGCCAUCUAAAUGAAAUGUUUGAAACAGGAUAACCAGAUCUACAACAUAAGUUUCAUAUAGUAACCAGAUGUAUCGCUCAUGUGUGAAAACUAAACCCAAUCUCCAUUAUACUCAUACACACAUGAGGCUCAUAAACAAACACUGAUUGUUGCCCUUCAUGAAAAACUUUUCAGAACUCACAACCUUCAUUUUUGAUGAAAACACCAUGUAUUUUCUCACAUUGAGAGCGGAGGACAAUGAAAUCAACCCUCGAAUCGAUUUAAUUAGCGUGUCUGUUCAAGCUUGAAACAUGUUUGGAGUUUGUCUGAUUAACUUUAUGAAGUGAUUUUUUUAAUGUGCAGGCUUUGCUUUAUUUUAUUGGUUGCUAUUGACACAGCAUGCAUGUACUUGGGGUCUUUGAGACUCUAAACAUGGACAUUUAAUGCAUAUUAUCAAAUAACAUUAAAGCAUCGGAUUUAUGCUUCCUGACAAGUAUAUUUGGAGCUAUUCAAAUGUUUUGUUUGGAGUCCCUUGGCCCAGAUGGUUUAUUAAAAUGACUCAACAUCCAGCUUUUGUUUAACAUUAUUUGCACCGCUUUGUACAUAAAUGAACAAAGCAGUGCAUAAAUUUUAAUAAAAGGUCUCAGAAGGAACAAAAAGAACAAAAGUUGUGCUAGUAAACACCUGCAGGAUCAUUCAGGAGACAGAAACGCACACGGUCACGCUGGAAACCUUUUAAUUAGCGCUAAUUAUCUUAGCAGAGAAUGUGGAAGGGCGUGAGAGGGUUGGUGUUUGUAAGUGAGAGAUCAAAGAUGGUGUUCCUGAUGGAGCGGCUGAGAUAAUGAGGCCCGGGAGAGAUGAUGCACUUCCGGAGCGAACGUAUCGCUCCUGAUAAUGCCCCUUAAACUAUUAGUGCCUAAAUUAUCCAUUAGAUAAUGCAGAUUUCUCGUGCUUUUACCUUCCUUUUGUUUCCGUGAUCUUUAAGUGAUUUUAAGUGGUUUCUGAAACAAGGAUACUUUUCAUUUUGCUGCUAGUUGAGUUCUGGUCAUAGAUGAGCAAAGUUUGAGCAGAGGCACUUUACAUAUUGCAACUGUUGUGUGCAUUUAUUAUAAUCCAAUAGAAGUUAGCCAUUCUCAGCUGUAUCAUAGUCAACAUGUAGUAGAUGUGUUUUCAGUGACUCCUACUGGCAGGCGACUGUGGAGAUUGAGACACAAACGUUUGUCUGUCUGUCUGUUUCCAUUUGUUAACAUUAGUUAACUAAAUUAGUUUACGGAAGCUUGAUUCCAACAUGGAAUAAAAAAUAUGUAUUACAUAAAACAUGCAUAACAAUAUAUUACAUAAAACAGACAUACAAAUAUAUAUAUAAUUUUGACUUGUGUCAAAAUUCAGACCUUUUUUCUUGCAGUUCUGAGAAAAUAGUGAGAAAUAAACUCAGAAUUGAGUUUUCCACAAAAAAAAAAAACAUCAAGAAUUGUGAGAUAUAAACUUGUAAUUCUAAAACAAAGUAAAAUUGCAAGAUAUAAACUAAGAAUUGCAAGUUUAUAAAAAAAAAUUAUGAAAAAAAAAUUAAGAAUUGCGAGAUAUAAACGUUCAAUUCUAAAAAAGUCACAAUUGCGAGAUAUAAACUCGCAAUUCUAAAAAAUAUCACAAUUGCUAGAUAAACUAAGAAUUGCGAGAUAUACACUCAUAUUUGCAAGAUAUAAACUGGUAAUUCUACAAAACAAAAUUAAGAAUUGUGAGACAAACUUGCAAUUCUAAAAAAGUCAGAAUUGCAAGAUAUAAACUAAGAAUUGUGAUAUAUACAUUCGCAAUUUAAAAAAAUCGGAAUUGUGAUAUAUAAACUAAGAAUUGCAAAUAAAAAAAAAUGUAAUUAUUAAAAAUAAGAACUUGCGAGAUAUAAGCUCAGAAUUGCAAAAUAUAAACUCGCAAUUUAAAAAAGUCGGAAUUGCAAGAUAUAAACUAAGAAUUGCAAGUUUAUAAAAAAAAAAAUGUUGGUAAAAAAAAAUUAAGAAUUGCGAGAUACUGCAUAAACUCACAAUUCUACAAAACAAAAUUAACAAUUGUGAGACAAAUGUGCGACUCUAAAAAAAAUAAAAAAGGCAGAAUUGCAAGAUAUAAACUAAGAAUUGUGAGAAAUGCACUUGCAAUAAAAAAAAUCAGAAUUGCGAUAUUUAAACUAAGAACUUUAAGCAAAUUUAUUUUAAAAAUGUAUUAAAAAAAUUAAGAAUUUGCGAGAAUUGCAAGCUUAUAAAAAGAAAAUUGGUAAAAAAAAUUAAGAAUUGCGAAAUAUAAACUUGCAAUUGUACAAAAAAAUUGAAUUGCGAGAUAUAAACUCGCAAUUCUAAAAACGUCAGAAUUGCUAGAUAAACUAAGAAUUGCGAGAUAUACACUCAUAUUUGCAAGAUAUUCUGACAAUUCUACAAAACAAAAUAUAAGAAUUGUGAGACAAACUUGCAAGAUAUAAACUAAGAAUUACAAAUUUAUAAAAAUGUAAUUAUUAAAAAUAAGAAUUUGCGAGAUAUAAGCUCAGAACUGCAAGAUAUAAAUUAAGAAUUGCAAGUUUAUAAAGUUUAUUUAUUUUUGUAAAAAUAAUUAAGAAUUGUGAAUUUGUUG